AUGUUCCGCCAUCUCAAGAAGCGCAAACCUCCAGCGCCGCCCGAAGUCUUCGGCUACGACCGAGAUGUGCUGGUCGCGCUGGUCCGCCGUCACUACGACCUCCUUGUCGCAAUGGGGCACCUGCACCCAGCCGCCCUGCAGGCCCCCCUUGAACCCGACGGAUGGUCCGAUGCACAGCUCAACGUCGACGCGCUGAGGGCACUGGGACGGUCAGAGGUCAUCAUCGAUCUGCUGCGGCACCUCCCGUACCCGCGUGCGGGGCCUGGCCGACGCGCCGAUGCGAGUGUGCACUACGAGACAAAAGUGCUGUCGUACCUCCGGAACACGUGGAGGCCAGACGCGACGCCACAGGAGUGGUGGGACAAGCAGUCCUGGGCAAUGCUUCGCCUCGCGCCGUUCGACAAGGCGCUGCCGCCGCACAUGAUCUCGCUUACGUACGACGAGGCUGCGAUCGGCUGCAUUUGGAUCAUCGACACAGAGAUAGGGUGCGUUUACCCACACGGAGACGACUACUAUCUGUACGACGAUGCUCCGAGGGAGGCAGAAUCUCACAACCCGUGGCUUCGAGCCAAGCCAGUCUCUUUCACGACCUUCUUCAACAGUAUGCAUGAGCAGAUCACGCGGCUCAAGAUCGUCCCAUGUCCAGCUGCAGGCAGGCAUCGCGCUGCCAUGUGCAAGCCGGGGGAUACUGGAGCGAAGGUUGUGCGACAACUAUACCGAGAGUACGGCUGGCCCGAUCAGUUCAACAAAGACGGCUUUCGUCGAGCGGCAGUUCCGGCUCGACAGGCUGCUCUCAACGAAGUGCUGGACUGGUCAGAUGCUUAA